AUGUCAGAGCCACACAUGGAUAUAAAUAUCCAGUGCGCCACAUUCCAAUAUAAAUCGAACUAUAACUGUCCCCGAACAGAAGAAAGUUGCACAAAGGACUCUGAGGGAUUCGAAGCCAUCUCCUAUCUGCAUUCAUUAAUUGACGAUGACAAGAAUGGGGAACUUGACAGAUCAGAGAGUGAGGAUUUUUUUCGAGAGGACUUACACCACGACAGCGUUGUUCAGACGUACCACGAAAAUGACGACCACAUCACUGUCCUCGACCUCUGGCACUUCUGGUUCAACAGCGGUGUGUACAAUUGGAGUACGGAGGAUGUUGUUAACUGGCUGAACCUCUAUGUCGAACUGCCUCAGUACACCAAGAACUUUGUGGAUAACAAGGUCGAUGGAAGGAGCAUACCAAAAUUGGCGGCCAACAUUCAGUCACUGGCUACCGUCCUGGGUAUUAAGAAUGCUGUCCACAAGCAGAAGCUCUCCAUCAAAUCAACUGACCUCGUACUUUUUGGGCCUCCCAAGAACACACACAACUUCAAGAAGGACGUCGCGGUGAUCAUCUCACUGCUGGUGGGCCUUGGAGGAUGUUACUUCGCCUACAGGCAGCAGAAGUUGGCUCAUGUGCAGAUGCAGAAGGUCAUGAAGGACCUGUCGUCGCUGCAGAAUGCUGAAGAUGCUCUGAUACAGGUCCAAAAUGAGUUGGAAAAAGCUCAGAUGGAGCAGCGUACCAUAGCAGACGACAAGCAGAACUUGGAAAGAAAGUUAAAGGAAGAAAUAAGACAUGCAAAAGCAGAAGCAGAACAGCUGAAAAUGUUGAAGGGAAGUCCUGACUCAUGUGCUGAACUGAAAGCUCUAGAGGAUGAACUCAUGAAGGUUAAGUUGGCUCUGUACGAAGCAGAGAGAAGGUUGGAAGAGAACCAAUGCAUACCCCUGUUCGAACUUCAGAUCUGGCUGCAACUGACGUACGAGGUCGAGAAGAGGUACUUCGAAUCUAAGAGGGAGGCCGCCCAGAAUCAACUGCUUGCCGCUAGGCAGAUGUGGGAUAAGAUACGCAAGCAGAAGAGCAAGUUUCUGGGCUCCAUCCGAGUCGCCCACACGACAUCUCUCGAUGAGACUGACCAACAAAUUAUGCACGUCAGGAAUGCCCUGGACAUCGUGAAGGUAGAACUCCAGGAGAGAAUGACCAGGUGGCAUGAGAUUGAGAAGCUCUGUCACUUCAGCAUUUCGACAAAUCCAGGCAUUGAAACACUCUACAGCAUCAUCAAAUCAGAGAAGUUUAAUUCAUUUGUGAGAAGUGCUGUGAUGAGCUCUGAUGAUUUAACAGAUCCUACGAAGUUAAAAAUGAUGUCGGCAGCGUGCCUGGAGGAGAAAUCGAAGAUGAGGAGUUCCAACAGCAGCUUGUCCGGCUCCGUAAAAGACAAUUCAUCUGACGGUGGCAACAGCAACAGCAAGGUUUUCUUCCAACUUGGCUCAUCUGAUAUGCAGUCCUUGAAUGGAUCCACCCUCUCAAACAGCAACCUCUCCCUCGACACGAACAUGGUCAAGAGCAAAAGUUUUGUCGACGGCCCCACCAAACUCCUCACUGAGAUUAAGAAAUCCUCCAUAAACUCGAACGACCAGCAUCUUCUUCAUUACCAGUAUCCUUCUUCCAGGCAACUGUUGGUCGAUGAUUUAAAUUCAAACCAGCCAAUCCUACCCAAAGUUUCCUCCAUGAAGCCAAUCGCCAGCCUAAAAGAUGACGGCAAUUCGUCUGAUUCGUCCAUUCAUUGUAGUGAGGGAACAGAAGGCGGAGCAAAGAACAGGAAACAUAAAUUAUUAGCUGCAUUCAAACAUUAA